AUGUCCACUGACAACAUCGGGUCAGGCGGUGCGUCAGGGAUUGGACUGGCCAUAACUCGGUCAUUCGCUGAGCAGGGCGCUCAUGUCUCAGUCCUGGAUGUGAAUCCUGACGGGUCCAGCAUCGUGAAGGGGUUGGUCUCUGAGUACCCUGCUGCCAGCCUGUCUUUCACCAAGUGUGAUAUCUCAAAUUGGAGCGAGCUAGCGGCAGCAUUCAAAAACACAUACCAGUCACAAGGACGAAUCGAUGUGGUCAUGGCCAAUGCAGGUAUCUCUCGGGAGGGAAGCCUGAUCGUCGAUGAAGACGAACCUUCACAACCAGGCUUGAAAACCCUCGAAGUCAAUCUAAUUGGGACCAUCUACACCGUUAAACUAGCCAUCCAUUAUAUCAGGAAAAACGCCGUCAGCGGAUCUUCAAGGGGAUCAAUCAUCUGCACAGCGUCGAAUGCUGGAAUCUACCCAUUUCCAGUGGCCCCUAUUUAUGGAGCCUCCAAAUCGGGGACAAUUGGCCUGGUGAGAUCACUUGCAAAGCCUCUGGCAAAACACUCGAUCCAGAUCAACGGGCUGGCCCCCGCGGUCUUAGAAACAAACAUCGCACCAAGCAAAGAGCUGUUUAAACCGAUGAUUGUCACGCCUAUGUCGACCCUGACGAAAGGUGUCCAUCAGCUAGUUUCAGACUCAUCACUGUCAGGAGAAAUUGCCGAGAUACAUGGUGACAGUGCCACGCUGCGUCAACCACCUGAUUAUGUUGAUGAAGACAGCCGAAAAAAUCUUGAGACUUUCUGGAACUUGGGAUAUGCAUGA